AGCCCCGCUGCUGCCCAGUCUAAUCCCUCUGCCCCUGCUGCAGCCAAAGCACCUCCUAAGAGCCCCGCUGCUGCCCCAUCUACUCCCCCUGCCCCUGCAGCUCCAGCAUCUUCAGCUGCAGCCAAAGCAUCACCCAAGAGCCCCACUGCUGCCACGGCAGCCCCUGCUGCUCCCUCUGCCCCCCCUGCAGCCAAAGCAGCUCCUGCCAACCCAGCAGCCCCUGGCACGCUGCCUCCGGCUCCAGGUGCUGCUGCCUCAGCCUCGGGGGCUCCUGAUGCCCUUCCAAAGCCAGCAGCUGAUCGUGCUCCCCCCACACCCCAGAAAACAGAGGCCACCCCUCCUGCCUCCACACCCGGAGGUAACAUCACCCCUCCUGCCUCUUCUGUGCCGAAUGCUGCCCCUGCCAAGAAGCAGCCCCCCACCAAUAAAGGCAGCAAGCAGGCCUCACGUCCAUCCCCAACCAAGCCUCCUGUGAAAGCCCCCGUUCCCACCAGUGCUGCUGUUGAUGACGAUGAUGACCUGCCCCCCCUGAUCCCCCCCGAGGUGCCCGCUACCGAGCCGCCGCUGCAGCCCAUCCUGGUGGACCUCUCUCCCCGAGCAGCCGUGGCCCCAGCCGAGGCCCCUGCUCCUAAGCAGCCCAUCGUGAAGAAUGACAAGGGUACUGCUGGUCAGCACGGUUUGCCGUGUGCAUGGAGUGUCACUGGCUGCCCACCAGAUACUAACCCACCACAGGGCCCCGAGUGUCCCCGUGUCGCUCGGUGCGUCUGUCGGCUGUGGGUGUGCUGUGUGAGGGGGGG